AUGCUUUCGCCGUUGGUUUCUUGGAUCUUGGCGUCCUCUCCUUCUUCUUCGUCCUCUUCAGAGGAAGAAGAUAACUUUGUGGACGAUGAAGAUCAUUACGAGAACGUCGGCGAGAACGAGCAUUUCCUCCGCGAAGCCGAGGAGCUUCCCUCAACAUCAUGCGCUGGUGAUACUAAAUCCACUCCCGUUGCCCUCGCCGCUCCCGGCGCCGACGACUCUUACAUUCCCAACACGGACACGGGCUCUAGAAAACGACGGCGUAUCAGCCAUUCUUAUCCGCGGAGACAAUAUCAGAGGCUGUGGACGAAGCAAGACGAGAUCGAACUCUUGAGGGGAUAUCUGGGUUACGUCAAGCAGAACAGAUGGGCCACCACAUCUCUCCAAAACGACGUAACAUUCUUCUACGAUCACAUCAGGCCUAAGUUGAACAAGGACUUCAACAAGAAUCAAGUCGUCCAGAAGCUUCGAGUAUUAAAGAGAAAACACCAGACCGUUUUGGAUAAAAUCAACUCCGGCAGGGAAGUUUCACACAGAACCCCCAGGAGGAGGCGAUUUUUGAGAUCUCCCAAAAGAUCUGGGGCAAGAAUCAAGACGAGGAAUCAAGCCCAGAACCGGAUACCGAUAAUAUCGAGGUGCAUAGCGAAGAAGAUGAUGGCGAUGAAUCGGGGCGUUUGA